GGCCCUGCCCCCUCCCCUCCCGACCCUGCCCCUCGCCGCCGAUCCGACGCUCCGCCGCGAAAAUCUCGCCGGAGAUGGCCGCCUCCUCGCCGCCGGAGCAGGAUCCCCCGCACGAACCCCCGCCCGCGGAGGCGGAGGCCGCGGCGCCGCCGGCGAGGAGGACGCGCCCGCCGCGCGCGUGCAGCCGCCCCCUCGCGCCGCCCGCGCCCCCGCCGCGGCGGCCGGGCCCGGGCCGCCCGAGGAAGAUCGCGGAGGAGGAGCGCGAGGAGGCGGAGCCGGACGCGCCGCAAUGCCGCGUGGUGACGCCGCUGGUCGCGGAGCCCGCGGACCCCGGCGAGCUGCCGCGGUGGAGGCUGCGGUGCAUGUGGGAGCUCGCCUCCGUCCUCAACUUCCUCCAGGUGUUCCGGCCAUUGCUGAACAUCGCGGUGGAGUUCACGGCGGAGGAGCUGGAGGACGCCAUCCUAGUGCCUAAUGGCACGUUGGAAUACUUGCAUGUGCCGCUAUUAAGGUCGAUUCCUCCUGUAGCUCGAAUGUCCAUGGCAGACGGAAAAUGGGUGACAGUGUUAUGUAGAAAAUUGAAGGACUGGUGGCAUCUGGUUGCAGAAGGCAAUCUACCAAUCGUUGCCUCACAUGGAGCGGAAAUUGAAACGUACAAGGAACUUGAGCCAGCGACUCGAUUAAUGAUCCUGAAAGCAAUAUGUGACAUACGUUGUGAGCAAGAGGAUGUUCGGAUCUUCGUAGAUAGUUGUCUAAAAAAGGGUUAUCAUCUCCGUGAUUUCUGCAAAGAACGAAUUGGGGGAGAUUCCCAUGGAAUCUCAUACUGGUAUGAUGAAGAUCCGAUUCUCGGGCAUCGAUUAUAUCGUGAAAUUAGACAAGUGGAGUAUGUGAAGGAGCAAACAAGAAAAUCUAAACGAAAGGGGUUCUUAGGUGUUCCAGUUGUAUCCUAUCAGUGGGAGACUGUCGCGACAAACUUUGUUGAAUUUGAAGCAGCAGCAGAAAAACUCUUUUCAAGUAGUAACAGGACAGAGGUCUCACUUGGAAAGAAGUUGAAGCUCAAUUAUCUCCCAGAGAUGGAAAAGACUCACAAGAAGAAGGAGAAGCUGCUAAAAAAGCAACAAAGAGAAGCCCUUCUCCUCAAUAGCUACUUGACAUUUGAUAGAUUCACCUCUGGCCGCUCCCAUCGUGAAAGAAAGCGUGUCACCUAUACUUUCGAUGAUUAUGACCGUUCAAUAAAUGAGGCCCUAAAAGCAAUAAAGAAAAGUGAGAACCCGGUUCAGGUCGUUGCCACUACCAACAGAGGAGUACUUGUCCCAACACGAGAGGCAUCAAGUAAUGGUACGUUAGCUGGACCCUCACCUGUAUGUAAUGGACGGCGUGGAGAAUCUCCACUGAAGUCAUAUAGCUACCAAGGGAGUGGUGGUGAGGAAAAGGCUGAGACCCUUGAUCGUAGGUCUCGUCAAAGAAAAAGAUCUCAAAGAUACACAACGGACUUUGUUGAGAAUGUCUCGGACAUCGACACGAACUUUGACAGUGAUGACGAUAUCAUGGGCGAAGCUGUCUAUGACGAGGAGUAUCUUAGAAGUCGAAAACAACCCAAGGCAAGUACUUCAGAGUACGAUGGAGAGUUUCGAUCGGAAGACCAAGCGGAGUAUUCUUUGAGCAGUGAAGAUGAAGAGGGGAUUCAACGGUCCAAGAGACUGCCAACUCGCAGUCCUCAAGGGGCCAGGCUGAAAUCUAUGGAUGUGAUCCAAACAGGCAUCAAGCGCAAUAAGCGUUCCACGCGGCCCCAUAUGAACCAUCAGCGGCACUCUGGUAAAGAUACCAAAUUGGGAAAGCCAGGCGAACCGAAUGCACUGGAUCCAGAUGCCAGCUCUGAUGCACCAGACAGUGCAAAGACCUCAAUAAAAAGUCAAGAGCAGCGACUGCUCCACAUAGUGAAGAUGCACGCUCCUGGCAGGGAAGAGAGCAAAGUUGCUGGGAGACGAUUCCUCCACCUUAACGAGAUUGCGCCUGUCAGUGGCUUCGGUGGCGCGCCAGUCCAGUCUUGACGGCGGAAGACAAAUAACGGGUAAUAAACAUGUUGUGCAGCAUUUCAGGUGCGCAGAGCCUUUUUUUGUUUUCACCAGGGGUCUGGCACUGGGUUGAAUUGCAGAGAUGGAGGAGUAUCCAUGAGCUGGUGAUGCGUCCCCCAUCCGUUCCUUCAAGCUGAUUACUGCUGGCAGGCAGGAGUUUGGCAGCGUGGAGCUGAUGAGGAGAUGGUCCUUGUGUGCAGCGGCUGGAUUUCUCGAACCUGCUCAGACGCCACCGGUGCGUCCAUUGAUGUGCCCGGUCUGGUCGAUGUUUUUCUGUCUGGCAGCAUGUGUGGCUCUCCUCCAUGUAGUCAUGUACUCUUUUUUUUUUCGGGAUCAUGUACUCUAGUCUUAUAGGAGCGGCAUUGUGUAUGUCGCUUGAGGUGAGGCGGCCUGUACUGGUUUCUGUCAUGUGGCGCAUGCGGCAGUUAUGGACUGCUGACCCUGCUUGGAAGCUGGAAUUAUUUUUUGUUUUUUUUGUUUUCUUAGGGAAGCUGGAACUUGUUGGUACCUGGAUUCUCCAGGCAAUUGCUAGAGAGAACUGCUUUGGUC